GGAAUUUCUUUGAAUUUCAAAGAAAUCCUCAAGCAGGUCAAGAAGAAGACAAUGAUGGCGCUAGUGCUGAUGGAAUUCAUGCUCUUCGAGCGAGAAUCCUGGAAGUACUUCGAAAGGAACCUUACAUGGGAGAGAAGAUACCAGUGAGAUGGUUUAACUUCGAAAAGGUCAUUGAAGCUUUGGUAGCUGACAAUGUAUACCACACGAAUACUGUCCAUCUUCAAACCUAUGCCAAGGAUGUGUGUUUCAUAGAAGACGAUGGACAGUUUCACACCAUGUUGAAUUUCUAUCACGACUUAGGAAUGAUUGUGAAACACCGCAGUACAGUCAUUCUGAAGGCGCAGUGGUUAAUCGAUCUAUUCAAGAAGCUUAUAACCAUCCCAGCAUUCAAAAAAGCGGAUCCUGUGCACUCCAAGUACUGGCUUGAGCUCGAGAGAAGUGGUGUGCUUAAGAUGGAGCUUGUUGAUCAUGUUUUCUCACCCCUUAUUCAGCAAGGCGUCAACAAGGGAGACAUCUUGGAUAUGAUGGAGCAGUUUGGUUUGAUUGCCAAAUACUCACCAUCUCUGGCUGACGUUCAGUACUUUGUACCAUGUCAACUGAGGUCUUCGCCUGAAGAGCUUUGUAAAGUGGAGCCGUCAUCUACAGAUCCUUGUCCUUUGUAUCUUCAUUUCCUAGAAGGCUUUGUCCCGCAUGGUCUUUUUACUCGUCUUGUUUCGAAAUCGGUUGCUUGGUGUGGUGCAAGUGGAUUGUCACAGCCUCCAAAACUCUACCAGAAUGGUGCAUGGUUCGUUCUUGAAGGACGCGUCAUACAUGAUAUGAUUAUGAUUUGAAAAAAGAAGUUCAUAAAAAUCCUCUUGAGACAAAGAAUUAAGACGGGAGCACUUCCAGUGUCUAAUUCAACUUUGGCAGAGGUAGCUAGAAGUGUGCGAUUGUUUAUAGAGAGCAUUUUAGAAAAGAUGUCACGGGAGUUUCCAUACUUGAGCAGAAUGCAGCAUGAAUUUUGUGUUGAAUGCCCCUACUGUCAGCAAGGAGGUCGCAAGUGCACAAACCACAACCAAUUGUCCUGUACAGAAGAAGAAUGCAUACACCUGCUUGAAUUGAGACAAGGUCAGGAUUUGAUCUGUAUGGAAAGCAUGUCUAAUGAAGUACUUACAGUUCCUGGACAAGAGAGAUGGUUAUUGAACCAGGACUUGGCUCCGUCAGUAAGAAGAACCUCACAAGUCGUUCCAUUACGUGGUCACCCAGCAGAGUGCGACAAAACUUUGAAAGUUGCUCUUCUGGCCAGUGAGUGGAAUUCAUCAAUGGGGGGUCUGUCCACCAUCAACAGACACCUUGCCAUCCUUAUGGCCAAACGUAAUGAGGUAGAAGUCACUCUCUUGGUCCCACAAUUUGCUUGUUCUGAAGAAGAGAAGAGAGAUGCAGAAAGUCACAAGAUUAUCAUCAAAGAAGCCGAGAGACGUCCUGGUUUCGACGCUCUUGACUGGUUGAGCUUCCCUCCGAAAGACCUGGUAAUUGACGUGGUCCUGGGUCAUGGAGCCAAGUUAGGUAGGCAAGCCCAAAUCAUUAGGGAGUCCCAUAGUUGCCAAUGGGUACAAGUAGUACAUACUGCGCCUGAAGAGCUCGGAAUGUUCAAAAACUAUCCGAGAGCCAUUGCCAGAGGAGAAGAGAAGACUACAGCCGAAGUAGAUUUGUGUAAAUUGGCAAAUCUAGUUGUAGCGGUAGGACCCAAGUUGACGGAGGCCUACUCUGCCUAUCUUCAAUCAUGUGAGAGGCAGCAGGAUAUCAUGUCGCUCACUCCUGGCACUUUCAAGGAGUUUUCAACUCUAAAUCAUGCCUCAAUUGACUCUGAAAAGUUUAGGGUGUUGACCUUUGGUCGUGGUGACCCUGAGGACUUCGGUCUGAAAGGGUACGAUAUCGCUGCUAAAGCAGUAGCUGAACUGAAAGACAACUCCUACCAUCUGAUCUUUGUGGGUGCACCUGAUGGAAAACAGGAGGCACUGGGAGAAACAGUGUGACAUUCUUGUUGAUAAGAUGUGGGACAAAGUUCAUGGGGCAGAAAUCGUCAAAGGAAUCAAAAUCCAACAUGGCAAGUUGAGACAGUCUUUAGUUCAGUGCCUCAGGGAAAACUCCAAACUGGCUAAAAAAAGUGUUUCGGCAGCUAUAGCUACAAACCAGGAAGACCUUAACGAAGAAACAGAACGCAACUAG